AUGAACACGCCCCACGCCCCCCGAACAACGACGGCCCUGUCCCUCGACAAUAACUCUCACGACGCAGCAAACAAUUCUUUCAGAGGUCGUGAUACCUCCCUUCGCUCAACUUCCCGUCCCAUACCCGUUUCAGCUCAUCCGUCUUCCCGUGCCGGUGCAUCCCUUACACCAAACCACAAUCGACACGACCACGCCUAUGCUACACUGUCCACCAGCCCUCUGUCGUCCUUUACGCUUCCUGAUGUCUCUGUCACCACGCCCCCACUUGCCCAUUUCCGUGCCGAUACAAUAGCACCCUCUUCUAUACAAGACGGUGAAUUACCGCCUGCGCAACCAAACACACUGUCUAUCGGCUCACCCGCGGUCCCGAGACGCUCUGUCAGUCCCGUCGGCUCCUUGCGUAUCUCGACUGAUUUCUCUCGGCGUCCGACGACCCCGGAUCGCCGCGAAUCUUUCAACAACAACGGUAAUGGCAGUGGCUCAUCACGAGGCUCGUUGACGUUGAACCAUAAGGCUUCGUCUAACAGCCUGCAUCCUCUUUCAAGAACCCCGAGCCUAAAAGCUGCUUUGACAAACAGCCUUGGAUCAGUCAGUGGAACGAGUAGCCUCGUGCCUAGUCCUAUCAUUUCUGCUAUGGGAGAUAUGACACCUCUUCCGAGCCCGCUCAUGUCGGGUGAUUCCCCUGGACCCUGGAAGAGGCUGAGCGCAGGUUCUUCGUCACCACCCCAAAAACGCCUCACAAGUGUUGGAGAGGGUUCUGUUCUGGUCACAAGCGCAGGUGAAUCGAUUGACGCGGCACUUACGCAUGGUGCUAAACGCAAGAUAUAUUCCACUCUCGAGCCUGACGACCAUGUAAAAACACAACCAUCAACGAACCAGCCACCAAAGCAACAUACACGAAAUCGAAGCGUUAGCGAAUACAAACCUGAUCCUAUGAACAUACCCAAGAGACAAAUAUCAGUAUCUACACGGCCAAACAAGGACGCUCCUCCACGAGAGCACCAGAUCCGACGAGAACUCAACUUGGCUGAAUCACGGGGCCUUGCACCUACAGUUGUCAAACCGCCAACUCCUCCUCCAAGCGAGUCGUCACGGGAUUCGGGAGACGGAGCCACCAAACCCAGAGGCCCCAGUUUUGAGUACUUUGAAGCGAAUGGACGUAACGAUAAGAAGCGACGACGAUGGCGAGCUGUGCGAAUGCUUGGCCAGGGAACGUUCAGCAGGGUCAUGCUGGCAACAAGUCAGACAGAACCCGAAGAAGACGCCCCUGACGUUGACCACGGAAGGCUUACACCGACAGCUGAACAAAGCCUGGAUCGCAAGUCGCUGGUAGCAGUCAAAGUCUGCGAGCAUGGUCCGAAGGGAGGUGCCAGCGAGGAACGUGUUGAGAUGAGUUUGAAGCGCGAGCUUGAGAUCAUGCUCUCCAUACACCACCCCUCGUUAGUCGAUUUAAAGGCGUGGAGCAUUGAACCCACCCGAGCAAUUCUUGUCUUGAGUUAUUGCCCAGGAGGCGACAUGUUCGACAUCGCCACAUCACAUCACGCUGUACUCAAAGAGCCUUUGCUGCGAAGGAUCUUUGCCGAGUUGGUUGGUGCGGUGAGCUAUCUCCACGAGAGGAGAAUUGUUCACCGAGAUAUAAAACUCGAGAAUUUGCUUGUUAACCUUACCCCCUCUGAACUCGCGGAUCCGUCAAUUGAUUGGGCGACUUACCCCUACUCGGUGGUCAUCUUGAGUGAUUUGGGACUUUCAAGACGAAUCGCAGAUGAUGAGAAACUCGAGACUCGAUGUGGAUCUGAAGACUACGCAGCCCCUGAAGUUAUCAUGGGCCAGCCCUACGACGGCCGAGCGACUGAUGCUUGGUCGCUUGGCGUACUGCUAUAUGCCCUUCUCGAGGCACGACUUCCAUUUGACCCUCAUCCGGGCAUGAGCGAUGCGCACCGCAUGCGAAGUCGUACUAGUCACCGUAUUGCCAGAGUCGAAUGGAAGUGGGUUGACUAUGUUGGAGAUGACACUGAUCACGAUGGUGAUGAGGCCAAAUUCAAGGCGAAGGGUCUCCUUGGUGCCAUGGAGAUCACAGAAGGGUUAUUGAGACGUGCCAGGGGUCGAUGGACCGUCGACAAGGUAGCCAAAACACCUUGGGUCCAGGGCGCAAUCAAUGUCGAGGGCGGCUUACGCUUCCGAGAAGAGAAGGACGGCGAAGAGGUCUCUUGAUAUCACUCAAUCGACUUGAAUCGCCAAAUUUGAUCGAUCUUGUCCUCUUAUAUCAAACUUAGUAUCAAGCACUGGCCAUAUUUGACUUGAUACUAACUAACUCCCCCAACUGUGCUGCGACGACCAGCAGGAGUUUCCUUCACUUUAAACACUUACAAUCCCUCGUGGGCACCUUCUUCAGGAGACGACGACUUAGAGAGAGUUCGUCUAAACAUAUCAUUACGACCGUUUCGAAUCAUUGAGACACAACGACGGUUUACUGGGUUUCUUUGACAACGACUACAUGACGGAACCGGUGGCAGAUGGACAACGAAUUGAUCAAAUUAAGAAGAAUGACGGAGCGGCAAAGGGAGCAACGGAAGGUGUUGGGUUUAUGGGUAUUAGUAUCAUGGGGUUCGGUUAUUGUGUAAUUUUAGCAUUUGUUUCCUUGUCUUUUUGUUCUUUUUUGCCUCUUCGUCUUCUUCUUCUUCUUCUUCUUCUCUCAUUACAUCUUUUCUACAUGACCAUCUUUUGGUCCUCAUUCUUUUGUUUUCUUGUUUUGUUUCUUCUCUACUCUUGGGAUCACCCGCUCUGUUUCUUCGCUU